CAAGCUAAAUCAAGCAAACCUUAAGUAUUUGGGCCAGGUUUGGUGUUGAUCUUUAAUGUGGUCUGUUAAAGUCUGAAAGGGACCAACCGUUGAUGAUGUGCAUGGUCGCUUUUGAUAUUAAAUGGUUGUUUUUCUUUCCAGAGAAAUUUGAGGUUCUUGGUCCGACUCGUGCCAUUGUUGCUGUGGCUGGUGAUGACAUCAUUCUGCCCUGUUCUAUCAAACCGAGUAUCACCGCUGAGGACAUGAGAGUUGACUGGUUCAGAAUCAACCUCCUAGACACUCAGUCAAACAUUAGAGUCCAUCUCUACCAAGACGGCGGAGACAAAUACCCUGAUCAGAUCCUCUCCUACAGGGGAAGGACAUCGCUGUUUAAAGAGGAACUGAAGAAGGGCAACACCUCUUUGAAACUGACCAGGGUACAAGGCACUGAUGAUGGACGUUACAAAUGUCUUGUUCAGUCUACGACCCAUUAUGAUGAUGCCACCAUUCAAGUCUACGUCAGAGCUAUAGGAUCCAAGCCAGAGGUUUCCAUUGAGGGACAGAAAGAAGGAGGGAUGACUCUGCUGUGUGUAUCUAAAGGCUGGAUCCCUGAGCCUGAGUUGGAGUGGCUGGACAGUGAAGGGGUCACUCUGUCUGCUGGACCGUCAGAGACAGACAGGGACUAUGAGGGAUUCUACAUAGUUAAACUAAAGACCAUCGUAAAGGAGACUGACAUCAACCGCUUUACCUGUAGAGUCAGACAGAGACAGAUCUAUGAUGUGAUUAAGAUGGAGACAGAGUUUCACAUCCCUAGCGAGCUGAUCCUUGUUCACACAGACACAUGGAAAGUGGCCUUUCUAGUGAUUGUCUCUCUGGUCAUUGUCCUUGUGGCCAUAUCAGCUUUCAGCAUCUGGUGGCGGAAAAAGCAAGUUAAAGAUGAACUCAGACUUGAGUUGAAGAAAAAUCUAGAUCACAACACUCGUAAGCUGAAGAUACUUGCUGAUCAGCUGGAUUUAGUAAACAUGAAGGGCUGUCCAGAACUUGAAACCAUCAGAAAACAUGCAGAUAGUUUCUAUUUUUUUAUUCUAAUAAAGUGUAUGUUUCUCUCCACAGUGGAUGUGACUCUAGAUCCUGAUACAGCACAUCCCGAACUCAUCCUGUCUGAAGACAGGAAACAAGUGAGCCGUGGAAGCAGAAACGAGAAUCUCCCUGAUAACCCAGAGAGGUUUGAUACUGUUCACUAUGUCCUGGGAAAGGAGGGUUUCUCCUCUGGGAGAUUCUACUACGAGGUGCAGGUGAAGGGGAAGACUGGGUGGACUUUAGGAGUGGCCAGAGAGUCCAUCAACAGGAAGAAGUAUAUUUUCCUGAACCCUGAGGAUGGAUGCUGGACUGUUUGGCGGAGGAAUAAAGACUACGAGGCUUUCACUGACCCCUCUGUCAUCUUCUCCCUGAGAGAGAAGCCCCAGAAGGUGGGGGUGUUUGUGGAUCAUGAGAAGGCUCGGGUCUCAUUCUACAAUGUGGAGGCCAGGUCUCAUAUCCACUAUUUUACUGCCUGCACCUUCACUGAGAAACUCUAUCCAUUCUUUUAUUCUGGUAUUACUGACAACUCAGACCCACUGGUCAUCACUCCUGUAGAUGUCACUGACUAACUGUUUUAUAUCAAACAUUGAAAUACUGGUUGUAUGUGUGUGUGUGUGUGUG